AUGACGUCCUCUAUGCUACGCCGACAACUGAAGAACCUCGUUCAGAACUUCUCUGAGGCUGAGGUCAAGGUGAGGGAGGCCACCUCCAAUGACCCCUGGGGCCCUUCCAGCUCGCAGAUGGCCGACAUCUCAGACCUCACCUACAAUGUGGUGGCCUGCAAUGAGAUCAUGAUCAUGCUGUGGAAACGCCUCAAAGACGACAAGAACUGGAGGCACAUCUACAAGUCGUUGACCCUGUUGGAGAACCUGUUAAAGACGGGCUCAGACCGCGUUCUGAAUACGAUGAAGGACAACGUCUACAUUGUAAAAGCGCUAACAGAGUUCCGUUUCCAGGACAAGGAUGGGAAAGAUCAGGGGGUGAACGUGAGGGAGAAGGCCAAGGUAGUACUGGUUCUUAUGGAGGACGACGAGAAACUAAAGGAAGAGCGAGAGUCUGCGCUCAAGACCAGAGACAAGAUCUCAAAGAGCGCCACUGCCUCCUCGGACGACCCCAACGACCCCAAGGACCCCAACUACAAGCCAGUGUAUGUCCCAGGAGCCACCGGGCUCCCCUCCCUGGCCAACAUCCCUUCUGUGGCUGACCUCGCCGCCAGCUUUGAGGCCAAGAAGCAAGAAAAACUGAGACUAGAGGCCCAGAAAAAAGAGGAGGAACGAAGGUCAAAGAUGACCAAGGAAGAGCUUGAAUGGGAGGAUGCCGCCAAAGCAGGAAAAGUUGCUGACGCCUUUGGCGGGGCAGAUGAACCAUCAGAGGAGGAUGCAUGGGCAUCGACUCCGCCCACCGCCAGUGACCCUUGGGGUGCAACUGCUGCUCCCACAGACACAGCAUCGACAAGUGACCCCUGGGGAGAUGGAGGGGCUUCCACCACUACAGACACUAUGAACUCUGACCCAUGGGGAGCUCCAAGUAAUGGCACAGACAAUGGAGCCGCCGCAGACGAAAGCAACAAAUCGCCAGCUUCGUUCCUUGGCGCAGGAGCUUCACUCGUGAACAUGGACUCACUCCUCUCCUCCGAACCCAAACAACCCCCCCUCAACGUCUUUGCCAAGCAACAAAGUAAGGACGGGUAA